UAUAAGCCAUACAUGCACACACUGGUAGCCUUUAAUAUUCACGCAUAUCUCAGCUUCACUUCCUUGUACCGUUCCCUUGGGAAAGAGACCUACCGCCCGACCGAAAUCACUUCCUUGCGCCGCCUCCGUCCCCCAUCGCCCGGCAGUUGUCCUUGGUCCCCCAGCACAGCAUGUUAGUGCGCGUUGACCGGAUCGUUUCCAGAGUAUACCGUACGGUGCGCGGUGUUUGAACAAAGGACGGCCGCCUCGAGAUAUGGAACCAAUGGAAGGAGGAGGCACUCCAAGCGCAAGUGGAAGCCGCCCGGUCCUUCCUGCGAUAUCGCCCGCUCCCUCCACAACGGCCGGAGGAAACCGUCCUACCUCUGCUUCCGCCUCUCAGCCCACGCCCUCCACCUCUUCCUCCGGUCCGCCCACCGGUCCGCCUUCUGGUCCGCCUACCAGCCAAGCCGUCUCGAAACGCAAGAGAGGUCUGGGACUUGUCACUCCGACUGCUUGCACCGAGUGUCGCAAGAAGCGCGCAAAGUGCGACGGCGAGAAGCCUUGUGGCCGAUGUAAAUAUCAGAACACCGAAUGUGUUUACGAGGUCCCUGUUCGUCAGUCUAAGGACACACUGAGGAACGAGAUCGAACAGCUGAGGCGCGAGCAACGGAACAACGAGCAUGUGAUAAACGCCCUCAGACGGACGGACAAAUGGGACGAGGUCUUACAACGUUUGCGCAAUGGCCAGAGCAUUGAUAUGAUAUCCUCGUGGCUGGAGGGGACGCUUCCCUCGGGCGGUGGCACACUUCCCUCCAUCGAUCGAUUAGUCGGGUCAGCUCCCGGUGCCUUCAAUUUCCCGGGCGACCCAGCUGGGACUUAUGGCGGCGCUAUUCCAGGUUUGGCUCCCAUCGGCCGAUUUACAGGUCAACAGCUGCCAGGCCAGCACCCUGCGAGUCCGCAUCAGCUGGCUCAGUAUCAACCGAGCCAGUACCAACUGGCUCAAGGCCAUCCAGGUCAUCUCCCGCGUGCUAUCAGACAUGAUCCCGAGCCUCAUAGUCCCUGGAGCGGCCAGUUCUCCUCUCAUUCUCAGACGGUGCGUAGUAACUCGCUGUCAGAGGCCAUGAGCUGGGCUUCGGAAAGUGGGCAGCAAUCGCAGUCAAGGGCGGAAUCGUGGGCGGAAUCUCAAGCUCACGUCAACUCAGAAGGCCAGAGGUUCCGCGGGUUUGACCAGGUACUUGCUACCGAGGCACCGCAUUCGCGGGCACCACCUAUUGUAUGGACGACCAUUACUUCGGAUAACGGUCUUGUUCAACAUCUGCUGGCGCUGUACUUCUGUUGGGAGUACCCCACAUUUGCAUCUCUCAGCAAAGAACACUUCCUCAAGGACUUUAUGGACGGGCGACCUCGGUUUUGCUCGUCCCUAUUAGUGAAUGCGCUUCUGGCGUUGGGUUGCCGGUUUUCCAGCCAGCCUAGUACUCGCGCGAACCCGAACGACCCGUACUCGUCGGGUGAUCACUUCUUCAAGGAAUGCCAGCGACUAUUUUAUCAAGAAGAAAACCACCACACGCUAACUACCAUUCAAGCCUUGGGUAUAAUGUCCAUCAGAGAGGCAAGCUGUGGUCGUGAUUCUGAGAGUUGGUAUUACGCCGGACAGAGUAUUCGACUGGCGAUAGAGAUGGGACUGCAUCGGGUUCAAGAUGACGGCAAGGAUUGCGACGAAAGUGCGGUUCAAGCAGCCACAUUCUGGGGUGCCUUUGCGCUCGACCACGCUUGGUCGUUGGCCACCGGCUCGCCCCCCCAGUGCUCCUGCUUCCCACAGCUGCCUCCGAAGCCCGCUAUCAUCGAUGACAUCGAGGCAUCGCUCUGGAUUCCUUAUACAGACGAUGGCGCUCCUCUGCACCAGUCGUGCGAACAACCGUCUAAUGUUCGGUCGGUGUACAAAUGCUUCUGCGAACUAAGCGAGCUUGUUCACCAGUCACUGUACAUCCUUCACUCCCCUGGCCGGCCGCUUACGAGCAGAGAUCUGCUCAAGAUAUACACACAGUAUCUGAAUUGGUAUGAUAGGAUACCAGAGGUGUUGCGGCUUGGACACAACUUCACUCCCGCUGUGUUGUUUGCGCACAUGUAUUAUCAUUUUGCCAUCCUUCUUCUGUUUCGGCCACUAAUCAAACUCCGCAUCGUUGGAUCGAGCAUCUCUCCGCGCGAUGUGUGUUUACAGGCUGCCGAUGCCAUAUCAGGGCUUGUGCGCUCGUACUCGCAAUUGUAUACGUUGAGAAGAACGCCAUCAUUUGUACCCUACUUUGUGCUCACGUCCUCCAUUAUGCACUUGGCAAUUGGGGCCACGGCCUCAGUACCAUCUGACCCAACUGGAGGCACAGGCCAAGCGGGACCGAGCGAACAUGGCCACCACAGACCUGACCCUCGCGUUGCCGAAGCCAUAAGUCGAGGAAUUGCCGACCUUACGGAGAUGGCACCAUGCCACCAUUUCGCUGAACAGGCGCUCAACAUACUGAAGUACCUGGCCAAGAAGUGGAAUAUUGAUGUAGACAUCAAGACGACGGCCGGGGAGGACGGGGAGCAGCGAGUCAAGAUCGGCCGCUAUCAAACGACUCGACCGGUUACCAACAGCCUCAAUUUCUUCGUGCCCGAAGUUACCGAGGAAGACUUUAACUGCAAAUGGGGAGAGGGGGUAGAAUCAGGACACGGUUCAGCUACUCGGGUGGAAGUCCAGCCUGGAAAUAUUAAGCAUAUGGCCAACGCUACAGAUAAUCCCCUGUUCUGGCCGUUUCCGAUGCAAGGCCGUCCGAUAUUGGCAACGGGCCCCGAGCUGUUGGAGGCGGGCUUUGAGCUUAUCUAGGGUGAUACAUGAUCACUCUCCGGCUGUUGAUGAGCCUCCGGAGCAAUCGAUCUCUUGGCCGAUUUGAUUGCCGGCAGUUGUAUGGUGGAUGUUGCCCAAAUGUGGUCAGCGGCUUCAAAAAUGAAUCGGAAACCAGUGUUACAGGCUUCACAGUCGAGCAAAGCACUAGGGCCGACCACC